AUGUUAGAUCCUUCUGUGUUAUCAGCAAGAAGUUCUAAUAAUCUUUUAUUCCCCCACACUUUAAGGCCUUUCUCUUCAGCCGCACAGACCCGCAGUCCAGACUCGACCACGGAGAAAUCGCCGUCUCUUCUUCCAUGUAUUAAACGCUUUUCAGAGGAAGGCUCCGUUUGCUGGGCCAAACGGAAGAAGGACGACAGUGGCGCUGAGCUGCAGGGAGAAGGCAGAGCAGGGAGUAAGGAGAAGGUGGAUAAUCAGAAGGAAGGUAAACCCUUACAACUUGAAACCACGAGCCAGACCACCACACGUAGCUUCAGAAAGGAGCAGCCGGACAACGAGGCUCCAAACCAAAAGCUGAAUGUCUCUUAUGCAAGUCCCACUUUCAAGAAGCCACUGAGUAAAGCUGGAGACGAACCAGAUGGGAGUAGAAGAGCGCCUCCGCAGGAUCGGAGUGCGACACAGAAAUGCCUUCAAUCUAACAACGCUGAAUGUGGUGUUUUCCCAGCCGGCAGGAAGGGAAUGGUGGAGUCCACGUGGAGCAUCGACCCGGCGCUCGCCUUGUCCAUGUUUGAGAGCGAGGAAGUGGAAGAAGAACAGCGACCUGGAGAGCUGGCAGACACCGACUGCACCUGGGUCAGCCACAGCAUGCUGCAGCGUCGAGCAGAGGACAGUCAGGACGGGGAACGCGUCAAGUCUGGACUCGGCGAAAAGGCCAACGACAGUUUGGAUAUGAUGUUUGAUGCAACAACUUUUGGGGAGUACAAGUCGUACACCUGCUCCAACCUGGAUCAGAGUCAGCAUUGUGGUGGUGGUGAUGAUGAUGAUGAUGGCGGGAAAGUUGAGGAGAUUAACGAUCAAGAUCUUCCUGAAAGUCCUGCAUGCCACAGCAGAACCCGGGAGCCAACGUUUGCGCACGUGGCCGUCAUUCGCAAGAAAGACGAGAGGAGAAAACUGAAGGGCACCACAUGCAAGGAAUGUGAAGUGUACUACGCUCAUCUUCCCGAGGAGGAGAAACAGAAGAAGUUAUCUGCUUGCUCCAGGCAUCGAUACCGCUACAUUCCACCCUGCACCCCUGAAAACUUCUGGGAAGUCGGAUUCCCGUCAACACAGACCUGCAUCGAAAGAGGUUACAUCAGGGAGGAGAAGAACCCUCAGGCUCGUUCACGAAGGCGACAGCCGUUUAAUGUUUUGUUCACCCCAAAGAAAAGCCAGGAGCAGAGCUAAAUCUGUUCACCCCUAAAAUAUGACCUGAGCUGGAUGUUCCAGCUUUAAAUGCGACUGUAAAAA